GUGUCUCGCGAGCCUGCGCAGGCGCGCCAGUUCAAGGAACGAUCGGCGCCGCCGCCGCGCCGUGAGGAAGAAGGACAGCGGUCCGGAUUGCCCCCCGCUCUCGCCCCCUCUUCUUCGAGCCGUCAUGAAGCAGCAGCAGCAGCAGCAGCCAGUCAUGUCGGCGGCCAGUACGGGCGCCGCUACCACCGCCGCCGCCGCGGCCACGGCAGUCCCGGCCUUUCUAAGUAAACUUUGGGCUCUGGUGGGCGACGCGCCCAGUAACCAGCUCAUCACCUGGAGCCAGAAUGGCCAGAGUUUCCUCGUAUUGGAUGAACAAAGGUUUGCCAAAGAGAUUCUUCCAAAGUACUUCAAGCACAACAACAUGGCAAGCUUUGUGAGGCAGCUAAAUAUGUAUGGUUUCCGUAAAGUGGUCCAUGUGGAUUCUGGUAUUGUUAAAUUGGAAAGAGAUGGUCCUGUUGAGUUCCAACAUCCCUAUUUCAAACAAGGACGGGAAGACUUACUGGAACAUAUUAAAAGAAAGGUUUCUUCCACAAAGCCUGAAGAAAAUAAAAUUCGCCAAGAAGAUCUGUCUAAAAUUAUAAGCAGUGCUCAGAAGGUUCAAAUUAAACAAGAAACCAUUGAAUCCAGACUUUCUGCACUUAAGAGAGAAAAUGAAUCUCUUUGGCGAGAGGUAGCAGAAUUGAGAGCAAAACAUCUACAGCAGCAACAAGUUAUUCGAAAGAUUGUGCAGUUCAUUGUUACUCUCGUUCAGAAUAAUCAGCUUGUGAGUCUGAAACGUAAACGCCCACUGCUUCUGAAUACUAAUGGGGCUUCAAAGUCUAACUUAUUUCAGCAGAUAGUCAAAGACUCAUCAGAAAACAAACAUCAUCUUGUAAAUGGACAGGUUUCACAUAACAGGAGUGAUGGUUUAAAGCAAAGAGACCAACUGUCAGAUGACAUUAUUAUUUAUGACAUCACUGAUGAAAGUGGGGAUGAAGAAAAGGCACCUGUUACUCCAGAAACCAGUGAAGAUACGGUUUCAGAUUCAAACUAUAGCCCUGACAUUGUAAUAGUAGAAGAUGAUAAUGAGGAUGAAUAUACACCUAUAAUUCAAGAAAAUACAAACACUGAACCAGUUGGUAUUUCCUGUGAUGAAUCGAUGAGUCCUUCCUCUAAUGGUGGAAACCCAUUAAUGUCUAGUGCUGUUCAGUUAAACAACCAAUCGACUUUAACAGCAGAGGAUCCAGUGUCAAUGAUGGAUUCUAUUCUUAGUGAAAAUGGAGUGAUCUCACAAAAUAUCAACCUUUUGGGAAAGGUGGAACUCCUGGAUUACCUUGAGAGCAUUGAUUGCAGUUUAGAGGACUUUCAGGCCAUGCUGUCAGGACGGCAGUUCAGCAUAGAUCCAGAUCUUCUGGUGGAUCUUUUUUCAAGUUCCGUACAGAUGAACCCUACAAGUCAUAUCAGUAGUACAAAAAUGGAAGCAAAGGGAAUUGAAACAAUGAAAAGUAAUAGUCCACAAGAAGACUCACAAAAUGUGCCUAAUUCAAACCCUGAAACAGAUAAACAGCUCAUUCAAUAUACUGCUUUCCCUCUCCUUGCACUGUUUGAUGGAAACCCAAGCACAGCAACAGAGAGUACACAAGAAACCACAUCUUCUGUAGAUAAAUCAAUAGAAGUGGAUGAACUCCUCGAAAGUAGUUUGGAUCCUCAACCAACCCAAAGUAAACUUGUUCGUCUGGAACCUCUAACAGAAGCAGAAGCCAGUGAAGCUACCUUAUUUUAUUUGUGUGAACUUGCUCCUGUGCCAAUGGACACUGAUAUGCCAUUGUUGAACAACUAACCCAAUAUGUUACAAUAAGACAAACUAUUUAUUUAGAUUGUGUUGGGGGGUGGUGGUGUCUAUCUUUUGUAAACAUUUUUUUGUGAAAACAGCUAAUGGGGACUUGAAAAGAUUCUAUUGCUUCUACAAAAUCAGAGCAGUUUAUAAAUAUUUACACAAAAUAACAAUUCACACACACUAAUUCAUUAUAUUCUAGUGCCGUUGUACUUUGAAGUACCAACUAUCUUCUGAAUACGUAUAAUCAGAUGCUCUGUAUUAACCACUAUAGUAUCUCUUGUUCACUUUUGGUCCUAAUGUAUGACUGAUGCAUAUUAUUUUUUUUUACUUUUUGAUGGAGGUUAUAGAUUUCCAAGUUCUAUUCAUUAUUUUUUUAUUUUUACAACCUUGUUUAAAUAAAACUGUUAGGGGGACGAGAACUUAAUGUAAUAUGUCACUUAACUUCAUAUCUUUUAUUUAAGCAUUAUGUAUAUUUUAGGGAUGCUAGAAUACAAAGGAAAGAGAUUGGGGAAAGAGAAUGACUGAUUCCCAGAGUGGGUUAACCUUUUCAACAGAAAGGAGUUCUGCAUGAAGAUACUUCUGGUUGUAGGAUAGAGGAUCAACCUAGUCUAAAAAAAUAGAUUUUAACCUCAGCUGUACCAAUAUCUAUAUCAUAAGUGAAAGCCAUUUCUUAGUGGAUCAUCUUCCCAUUUCAUUAAAGCCCUGCUACUGGAAAGUUUGAGCCACUAUCAUGAGGCAGGUGUCGGGGCGUGAAUGGCCUGAAUUCGGGGGCCCUAAGGUAAGCCAGUGCGUGGGGCAGCUCCACUGCCUCUGCCUUGAGCGAUGGCACUAGUGCACCAUGUGGCUGCCUGCACCACCAUGAGCAAGCAGAAGUGGGUCUCCCAUGUACUGGUAUUAUUAAACUACAUGGGAGGUGGAAAUAAAGACACCCCCAGAAAAUAAGCCCCAGUGCUUAUUUUGGGACACAAAAUAAGCCCCAGUGCUUAUUUUGGGACACAAAAUAAGACCCAGGUCUUAUUUUGGGGAAAACACGGUAGCGAGGUACUUGGCACACUCUCCACUAAAUAAACUAUGAUUGCAGUGAAUUCCUUAUGUACGCAGUGAGGACAGUUGUGCUUGUUAUACAGAAGGAGCAAUCAAUGCAAUUUAGUUUUUAUGCCCCUUUUUCCAAUGAGAAUGAAUUUUCACCUUUUAAUAAAAGUUCAAGUUACAUUGUUAAACUGUUUAGGAAGAUUGUGAAUAGAGCUAUUAUAGCAUUGCACCUGCAAAGUGACUUAAAAACUAAAAUAUAUGUUAAUAAUGCACACUUAAGUUUUCAUUUCCGAGACUUUGUAGUAUAAAAAGUAAGUAUGGAGUAUUAUAUUAUUUAAAAGUAUCCUAUCCAACAUACUUCUAGUGAAAUUCAAGGUGCUGAUGGAUACCUUUAAAGCCUUUCUAUUGCUUGGGGGCAUCUAUCCCCAGUAGUGUGUAUCUGUCCUGUGAGAUCCAGCAGAAGCAAAAUGAUCCAGGUCCCAACUAUGAGAGAGUGCCAUCUGGCAGAGCCCAGGAAGAGCCUUUUGUACCAUGGUGCUUACAGUUACAUUGAAGUAAUCCGAAAGGUUCACAUUAAAAGCGGUAUCGAGUUUAAAUAGCCAGUAUGAAUGUUUUAUUUAUAGCUACAGCAUAUACACUCAAAAUGACUAAGCAGUAAUUGCAUUUAAGUUGAACUUCAUCAGCCUGUGUAUUACAGUGGAUAAAUUUAAACAAUUACAAAUGCUCAGGAAUUUCGAGAAGAUACCUGCAGUUGAAACUGAACUAGAGAAAUCUGACAUUGGGAGCAAUGGGUAAUGUAUUUACACUUCAAACAAACAAAAAACAGAAGCUGAGUAUUUCAAAGUACUUUGCAAAGCAGGACCAAUAGUUUCUAAGUAUACAGCCCUAAAAUUUUGCACUUGUAAAGACUGCCUGCACUGCACCCAAUGGGACUAGUAGCAAGAGGUGACAUAAAAAUA